AUGUCCAGGUUGAUGGUCCCUUCGGUGAACUACAUCCAAACUAGAGGAAGCAAAAUUGAAGUAUUCGGCCCGUUCGAUCCACCAAAGCAACUCACAUUCAAGCAGGUGGAAGAGCGUGUUUUGAAAGCAGUGCGUUCAUGGGAUCGUUUCCCUGCUGAUAAGGAAUCACUUCUCAAGCUUGACGCCGAUUUGAGCAAGGAUUUCGGUUUCGAUUCAUUGGACCAGGUCGAGAUCGUGAUGGCGUUGGAGGAUGAGUUCGGAUUCGAGAUUCCACUACAAGAUUCUGACAAGUUCAAGACCAUCCGUGACGCAUUCAAGUACAUCUGUGAGCGAGAGGACGUCUACGAGUAG